AUGAGUUCGAGUAGAAGAGCGCCUAGAACCGUCCAAGUUGACGGUUUCACGAUCUUCCUUGGGCCUCAAAAGUCAUGCCCUCCGUAUAUUAAGCCAUGGAUAAAGCAAUUUUGCAGUCAACCUGUUAAUAAUUGGUUUGUUGAGAUAGAUCCUACUUGGGCAGCCGAUUGGUUUAAUCAAUAUGGUAUAAAGGAGUUAUUUGAAGACUUUGAUGAUGCAAUUGAAUUAAUUACAGACAAUAAAGGCAAAGAAUGGGCAAGUUAUAACGAAGAAGAUGCGAUUGCAAUCAAUCAACAGGCUCUCAGAAUCUAUGGUAUGCUUCAUGCUAGAUGGAUUUCACAACCAAAAGGCAUGGAACUUAUGAAACAGAAAUAUGAUCAAGAAAUAUUCGGAAAAUGCCCAAGAAUGGGGUGCAAUGACACGCCAUUAUUACCUAUGGGAACGACAUUUACAUUACGUCGUCACUCUGUUAAAUUAUUUUGUCCAUGUUGCCGAGAUAUUUACAAAGCGCCAACGUACCCUGUUAUAGACGGUGCAUAUUUUGGACCAGCAUUCCCUCAUAUGUUUUUAAGUGAAUAUACAAAAUGCGAUAAAACAAAUAAUUUCAAGCCUUUUAUACAAAAAGCUUUCGGUUUUACUAUUAGGCGUCCACCUAAAUCAAAACCAUUACCGCAUCUUUCUAAUAUUCAAGAAGUUGAUAUAUUAGAAACCCCUGAAGAUGAAGAAGAAUAA